AUGGUUGAAGCACAUCACCACCGACCUACCCUCAAGCAGACGAAUAAAUCAUUUAAAUCCAAACAUGCCACCAAGAGUUCGAUAAGAGAUGCUGCGAAAGGUCGCGUCUCGCGACAAUCUCCCAAAACUAUCCAUGGGUCACCGAACGCUGCUCAGACCAGGCUGAACCGCAAAAAUCAUGCGAAACAGGUGCAGGCUCAUAAACGGUCCGCCAUCGUGUCUGCAACUCGCCUAUUCAACGGUGUAGACGGCGCACCCCGGAUUGUUGCUGUUGUACCAUUGUGCCCCGAUGUUUCGACGCAAGAAACCGUGAAAUCCAUGGCGGAGGCUCUUGAUCAGAACGCGGACGAUUGCCCGAUUGCGGAUGCAACCAAUAUAUUUUUCAGAGCAGAGCGUUUCCGUACAUCUCUCCAAUUCAUCACACUCCCAUAUAAAUCCUUCUACGCCACACUGGAUGCCUGCAAGGUCGCGGAUUACGUUGUAUUCGUUCUUUCCCCCACCGUCGAAGUAGAUACAUUCGGCGACACCCUACUACGCACACUCCAAGCCCAAGGCCUACCGGAUGUCAUAUCAGUUAUUCCCCCGACUUCCUCACCUUUGGUCGACACGAAAACGAAACCUGGAAUACUGAAGUCAUUACUGUCUUUCGUACAGUAUUUCGUACCUACACAGACCAGGAUAUUCGACCUGAGUAGUGGAAGCGACAGAGUCAAUGCGAUCAGAACGAUGGCGGAUGGCAAGCCUGCCGACGUGAGAUGGCGAGAGGGGAGAGCGUGGGUACUGGGAGAACACGUCGAGUGGGAAGACGAAGAUAACGGAACUCUCAAAUUCACCGGCGUCGUUCGCGGCACGAGCCUAUCGGCCAACCGCCUUGUUCAUCUCCCAAAUUACGGUGACUUCCAAAUAUCUAAAAUUCUCUCAGCUCCCCUGCCGUCGACUUCUCACAAAGCCUCGAAUGCCAACCACAUGGACGUAGAAGCUGCUGUUCUUGCCGAGCCAGAUCCCUCCGAUGCCGACUCUUUGGUUUCCUCCAAUGAACCAGAUGAUAUGGCUAACGAACAGACAUGGCCGACUGAGGAAGAAAUGAACGGCACCGGCAACGGAACCGACGGCGCGGACGCGGACGUUCCUGACGCGGCAAACGGUGCAACCCCAAAACGCAUUAAACGCGUGCCCAAGGGCAUGAGUGAGUACCAGGCAGCAUGGAUCGUGGAAGAUGAGACUGAAGAUGAGGGUGGUGAGGGCGAGGGCGAGAAUGGAACUGAAACCGAGGCUGGUGAAAUGGAUGGUAUACGCGGUGGUGAAGAAGAGAUGCAGGAUCUCGUUGUAGAUGACGAUCAAGAUAUGGAAUCUAGCAGGGUUGUUCAUUUCGAGGAUCUUGACAACGAAGAAGAGGAGAAACAGCUUCAGACGUGGCGCACGCGUACUCGGACGCUCGAAGAACAAGAUGACCUCCAAUUUCCGGAUGAAGUUGAUACACCAAAAGAUACUCCCGCGCACUUACGUUUUCAACGAUACAGGGGCUUGCAGUCAUUCCGUACCAGUCCUUGGGAUCCAUACGAAAACUUACCUAGGGAUUAUGCACGCAUUUUCCAGUUCGAAGACUUCAAGCGCACAGAGAGGGGCGUUAGGAAGAGAGCCGAAAUGGAAGUAGGCGUCGUCGAGCCCGGAGUCAGAGUGACGAUCUAUAUUCGCGGAGUACCUCGAGCUGCCGCCGGCGUGUCUUUCCCUGUGCUCUUCUCGUUAAUGCAACACGAACACAAGAUGUCAACACUCAACUUCACUGUACAGAGGAAUACUGAGUACGACGGUUCCGUCCGGUCGAAGGAUCCCUUGAUUCUAUGUGUAGGACCUCGUCGAUUGCACAUCAACCCCAUCUACAGCCAGCAUACUCGUGGUGGCGGAAAGGGUGCUAACAACGUUCACAAGUUUGAACGUUUCCUCCGGCCUGGUAUCACGACUGUAGCGACCACAUACGGCCCAGUGGUGUUCGGAAAUCAGCCUUGCGUUCUCCUGCGGGAGUCCGAUGAUCCACAAGGUGCAUAUCUUUCGUCCCCCAAUCCUCUCCCCCCGUGUCUGCUGCCCCUUGGCGAACCUCCACAUCUCGUGGCCAUGGGGUCGUUCCUAAACCCUGAUACAACUCGUGUCAUCGCGAAGCGUAUCAUCCUGACCGGUCAUCCGUUCAAGGUGCACAAAAAGACGGCAACAGUACGGUAUAUGUUCUUCAAUCGAGACGACGUGCAUUACUACAAGCCCAUUCAAUUACACACGAAAUACGGACGAACGGGCCAUAUCCGCGAGUCCCUCGGAACACACGGCUACUUCAAGGCUCAUUUCGAUGGUCCUAUCAACCAGAUGGAUACAGUCUGCAUGUCGCUAUACAAACGCGUUUUUCCAAAGUGGAGCACCCUUUGGAAAGACGGAACUGAAGAAGUGGCUAACGCGCCUUCGGAUGCAAUGGAUCUAGAGUAA